UUAAAUCCACAUUUAUCCUUCUCUCCUCUCUCUUCUCUCACAAUUCAACAGCAUAUCUUCAAUGGCCAUGUCUCGAAUCCUCUCCCAAUCCCUAGCCAGAUCCUCCCUCUCCCACCCGUCGCCGCUGCUCACCGCGCGCCGCUACCGCUCCACCAAAGCGCACCGCGCUCAGCUCAUCGAAAUCGACGCCGAGCAGCCCGAUUCGCCGGAGGCCGCGGCGGAGGUCAUCGCCUUCGGCAUCCGGAAGCUCGAGGACGCGAUCCACAGCAUCAUCGUGCGCCGCGCCGCGCCCGAUUGGCUCCCCUUCCUCCCCGGCCACUCCUACUGGGUCCCUCCCCGCGGCUCGCCCUCCGCCUCCUUCGGCGCCGGCGAACCCGGUGGCAGCAUGAUUGAGGCCAUAGGGAGAUUGGCUUCCUCCGAGAUCGGAAGGAAUCAGGGGCCUGCGGUGGAUUUGUUGUCAGAGGAUGAACAGAGGGCCUUCAGUUCGUCCAAGGGUUGGCCUUCCUCCUCUUUUUUCCUCGAAGAGACUUCACCAGCACAUCCUAUUCCCAUUUCUGUGGUAAAAUUAGAGAUGAAGAUCCAAGACCAAGAUGAACAAGUGAACAGCCGAUCCGACUCUGAGGAUGAGUAAGGAUGAGGAGCAAACACAUCAGAUCAAUCCUGGGGGAUUUUAACCGAUGUCGAUAUUUGAGGCAUGAGAGCGGAAGAGGCGAGAACUGUGUAUAGAUGGAUCCUUGAUAGGUCGAAGUUACAUAUCGUGCGGUUCACUUUAUGGAGCAGCCGGUUGCGCCUGAGUACGUUAUCGAGCUUAAGUAGUCAGUAUAUUCUAUCUGAUCUGUAAAAACUAAUAAUGGAUUAAGGAGAAUGAAAAUGUUGUUUGGCCAGUUUAGUUGUAUAUAUAUGGCUUUACCCCUUCGUUUA